AUGGGCCAUUCGAGUGGAAGCAGCAGUGAAGUUGAGGGGGGAAACAUAAAUAGAAGUAAUAAACGAAAGGCGAAAAAGGAGAGAAAAAAAUUCAAAAAGAAAACCCGCGAAAAGCGCACAAAACGAGAAGAGGAGCAUUCUCAAGUGGACGCGAUCGACAAAGAAGAUGCUGAUCGCCUUCUUAUCUCUUUACUACAGCUGUCCCCUCAAAUGGAAAAGGAGCUGUUGGAUGUAUUCGAGCAGUUAGACUCGUGGGGCAUUGUGUAUUUGCAUGACCUUGGGGACCUACGUCUGAGGAAGAAGCUACGUCACCUUUUCCGAGCCUUAUGUGUUGGCGAGGUCGAGGGUGAAAAGGGAAAAGGCUGGAGAAAGGCGCUGACUUAUAAAAGUUCGCUGUCGAAGCUCGUAAAGCGCCGCUGCAAGGAACUGCGCUCACAGCUGGACCUUUCGAGCUUUCCAUCCGAAGUUCAACAGCCUGAAGUUCAUGAAAGUGAAGAAAAUCCCGCAAAGGAACUAGCAUUCGAUGCAGAGAGGGCGGAACGCAAGGCUGAGGAAGCUGUGCAGCGUUGGCGAGGCCAGCAGCCCCAAGAUUCAAGUCUUUUACCAACAGAGUCUCCUCAGCAAGAGCUUGCACACCAGUCAGCGGUAAAUGGAGGAGCACCUAGAAGAGAGGAGUGGAUGCUUGAAGCCCCAGCCUAUCUCCGAUGCCUUGCUACAGAGGAUAAACCUGCUGCAAAGCGAAUGAAAAUCUUGCAACAAAAGAAAAAAGAAGACGAAGAAGCUGUACGGGUGAAGGCAGUGAUGGAUGAAUGGAACAAAUCCCGCAAAUUACAAAGCCUACGGGAAAUGCGAGAGCAAGGGGAUUUUGCGGAAGGCGAAGAAGCAUAUAAGCGUUGGAAACGAAGCAUGGAUGCGGCCCGAAACGUCUGGGGCAAGCGGGCGGCAGAGCAGGCGGUUGAACAGGAGUUCCAGGACGAUGUGAAGAAGGGUCAACCGUGGCAGCGUUUUGAUAGAGACCGUGAUCUUCAGGUUACGCGGCAAAUACCACGAGACGACUAUAAGAAACUGCUUGAAGAGACAAAGCUGAACGCACGCUUCAAAUCGUCCUGGCAGACCUCAUUCUUGUGA